AUGGAUAAUAUACAGUUCCAGCAGCUUCUGGAUCACCAAACCAGAAUGUUUGCUGAAUUAUGUCGUGGAUUGACAACCGCAGUAAAUCAAUCGAAUACCGCUAACGCGUCGGCUAGUCGCCAGCCGUGUGCUGCAAGUGUAACAGUUCCGCAGCCGUCUCCUCUCGCUUUGGAAGGAGACAUGCAAGAAAAUUUUGACUUUUUCGAAAAAAGCUGGCGAGACUACGCAAAAGCCAUUGGUAUGGACCGGUGGCCAGCAGCCGACGAUCCGCAGAAAGAAGUAAUCCAAGGCCUUAAAGGGGUAGAAUGUAUUGCCGACGAUCUCUUGCUAUAUGGAAAAGGCAGUACAUUUGAAGAAGCAUUGAUCGACCACAAUACUAAUCUUGAAAACCUGCUAUCCAGACUCGAAGAACGGAAUGUUAAACUGAACCGUUCCAAACUAAAAUUAUGCCAGACUUCAGUUGAUUUUUACGGUCACGUGCUCACUGACCAGGGAUUGAAGCCAGAUGAAAGUAAGAUUUCUACGAUACGAAACUUUCCUACUCCAUCGGAUCGAAAAGAAGUUCACCGCUUUGUCGGUAUGAUAAAUUAUUUGAGUCGCUUCAUCCCAAAUCUUAGCAUGAACAUUACAAACUUGCGAAGAUUGAUUUCUACUUCCGUUCCUUGGCAGUGGACAGAGAUAGAGGAAGAGGAAUUCAAACGCGUCAAGAAUAUAGUAUCGGACAUUGGCACGCUUCGCUACUACAAUAUGAACUUACCGAUUACCAUUGAGUGCGAUGCCAGUUGUUUCGGUUUGGGAGCUGCUGUUUUUCAAGAAGACGGAGUAAUCGGAUACGCUUCCCGAACACUAACUGCUACGGAGAAGAAUUACGCCCAGAUAGAGAAGGAACUGCUUGCCAUUUUGUUUGCUUGUGUUCGAUUCGAUCAAUUAAUCGUGGGAAACCCUAGAGUUAAUAUUAAAACCGAUCAUCGACCUCUUAUUAACAUUUUCCGGAAGCCUCUACUAUCAGCCCCCAGACGACUUCAACAUAUGCUAUUAAAUCUUCAAAGAUAUAGAAUAUCCUUGGAAUAUGUGACCGGUAAGAACAACGUUGUAGCUGAUGCUCUUUCGAGGGCCCCGCUUAACGACAAUGCAACUGCAGAUGUGUACAAGAAAAGCAACAUAUACAAAGUCAUCGAACAGGUAGGCAGCGUCAGACUAAGUAAUUACCUAAGUAUUUCGGAUACUCGUUUGAGUGAGAUAAUUCAAGCAACAGCGAAAGACUCGACGAUGCAGCUCAUCAUCGAAUUCAUCCUAAAUGGCUGGCCAACGACGGCCGACCAAGUGCCCGACAGCGUUAAAAUAUAUUUCCGGUACUGUCAGGAGUUGUCGACCCAAGACGGCUUAGUUUUCCGUAACGACAGAAUUCUUAUACCGCACUCUCUACGCAGAAAACUUAUCGAUAUUUGUCACGCAAGUCACAGUGGAAUCGAAGCUACUUUAAAGUUAGCACGCGCGAACUUAUUCUGGCCCGGAAUGAGUGUUCAAAUUAAAGAAGUUGUCCAGUCGUGCACAACAUGUGCCAAGUUUGCAGCAUCUCAAUCAAAUCCUCCAAUGGUGACUCACAGCAUUCCAGUGUACCCGUUCCAAUUCGUUUCCAUGGAUGUUUUCUUCGCGGACUUCGUAAAUAUCAGAAGAGCAUUCCUAGUAACCGUUGAUCACUAUUCUGAUUAUUUUGAGGUCGACGUCUUAAAAGAUUUGAAGCCAGAUUCCGUUAUAGCUGCCUGUAAGGAAAACUUCGCUCGUCAUGGAAAGCCUCAGGUAAUUCUUACAGACAAUGGUACUAACUUUGUUUGCCAAAAGAUGGUAGAGUUUGCCCGCGAGUGGGACUUUCAGCACAUAACAUCUGCUCCUCAUCACCAACAAGCGAAUGGGAAAGCCGAAGCAGCCGUGAAGAUUGCCAAACGUUUGCUGAAAAAGUCACAAGAGUCCGGAAUUGAUUUCUGGUAUGCACUUUUACAUUGGCGGAACAUACCCAAUAAAAUAGGUUCCAGUCCAGCGGCUCGUUUAUUCUCAAGGUCUACCAGUUGCGGCAUUCCAACUUCUGCAAAGAAUCUUUUUCCGAAAGUUGUCGAAGGUGUUCCGGGUGCUAUUGAAGCAAACCGAAAGAAAAUUAAGUUUCACUACGAUAAAGUAACUAAGACUCUACCUAAUCUUCAAGUCGGCUCUCCAGUAUAUGUUCAGUUGAAUCCAGAAACUUCGAAACAGUGGACUCCUGGCACAAUUUUGAAUCGCUUGAGUGAACGCUCUUUCCAGGUAGAAGUAGAUGGUGCUGGUUAUCGUCGCAGUGCUGUUCACAUCAAGCCUCGCAAGGAACUUGCCUCGUUACCAACAGCUGGACCUGGACACAAUCGCAAUCCUGUCUUGAUGCUCCCAGAGGACGAAAAUUUUCCCGAUAGAAAUAUUGAAGCUGUUCCGAACAACGCAGUUAUUGAAAAUGGUUUUCAUGCGUCAAAUCAAUCAACGUUUGCUGCGAUUGAUAAGUCGUCGUCGUCGUCGUCAACGGUGCCUAUCGAAUCGUCCGUUACAACACCUCGUGCUUCGCAACCAAAAGAGAAACGUGUUUCAUCGGCUCCUAGACCAGUUGAUCGCCCGAGAAGAGAAAUUCGUCUUCCGAAUAGAUUUAAGGAUUACCAUGUAAAUUUAAGUUAA